ACUUUGUUUUUGACCAAUUCCCAAAUACAUAUAUCCCCUCUGAUUUUGGUUGUUUCCUUUUAUAGAAAGAAGAUGACCACCCCGGUUUGCCCAUUCGUGAAAGCGGCUCGACCGGACGACGCUUGUCCAGCCAAAAACGCCUCCGCUGGUGUCAGCGAAGCAGCGGCGGCGAGAAAAGACCCCGUUGAAACUGCCACCGUGUCUCCGAAAUGUCCCUUUGGUUACGAUUCCAGCAACUUCAAGCUUGGUCCUCUCAGUUGUAUGAUCUGCCAUGCUCUUCUCUUUGACUCCACCAAAUGUAUCCCUUGUUCUCACCUCUUUUGCCAAGUGUGUAUAUCUCGGUUUAAGGAUUGUCCGUUAUGUGGAGCUGAUAUAGAAAAAUUGGAAGCUGACACAAAUCUUCAAAGCAUGGUUGAUCGAUUUAUUAAAGGGCAUGCGAGGAUCAAGAGGCCUCAUGUUGAUGCCAAUGGAGAAGGAAAGCAGGUUGUGAAUGAGGAUAAAAAGGUUAUAUAUGAGGAUGUCUCGUUGGACAGAGGUGCUUUCUUGGUGCAACAGGCUAUGAGGGCUUUUCGUGCUCAGAAUUUUAGAAGUGCUAAAUCUAGACUCACUAUGUGUGCCGAAGACAUCCAAGACCAAUUAGAGAAAACGGAUGAUUCUUCAGAGCUUUACUCACAACUUGGGGCAGUUCUGGGUAUGCUUGGUGAUUGUUGUCGAGCAAUGGGUGAUUCUGCUGCUGCAAUCAAUUACUUUGAGGAGAGUGUCGAGUUUCUUACAAAAUUGCCAGCAAAUCAUCUAGAGAUAACACAUACUCUGUCUGUUUCACUUAAUAAAAUUGGAGAUCUUAAGUAUUACAAUGGAGAUCUGCAAGGUGCGAGGUCUUACUAUUUGCGAUCAUUAGGCAUCCGACGUGAUGUUGUCAAGAAUCAUCCCGGUGUUGCUUCUGAGAUUCUGGAUGUAGCCAUCUCCCUGGCUAAAGUUGCAGAUGUGGAAAGAACACUGGGAAAAGAGGAUGAGGCUGUUGAUGGAUUUGAAGAAGCCAUAAAGUUGUUAGAAUCGUUGUCCCUGAAAUCCGAAGAAGCAGGUCUUGAACCCCGGCGUCUUUCCGUGCUUGCAUUCCUCAAAACUCAACUUGAAGAGAAACAAUCUGAGGCAACUGCAAGUUCGGUGACAACAUAAAGGAGCAUGUUUCUGUACAUACAUACACGAGCCUGGUUCCACGAAAGAUGAUCUUUGUGCGCCAGCUCUCUUUCAAUGUUUUGUUAGAUCUUGUGAAUAAGUAUGGUAUAACAAUACAAACGAUGAAUCUAAGUGUUUUAAAAUCCAAGUAAGAUUGAGUUCGA